UGAAGUUACUGCACUUUCCUGGGCUUGGUGUGCUCACUAGGAGGGCUGGGUGGGUGGGUGAACAAGGCGCAGCAAAGCACCUUAAGUGGUUGUAAAAUAACAAGGAACAAGAGAAAGCGGCCUCCGCUUUCUUUUCUCCCCUCGUUUUCCGGUGGAGCGAAGAGCGCUGUAAGAAGCAGGGAGGAGAGGAGAAUGCUGGACUGGUUUUUCCCUUCCACCGGCAGGGGCGGAAAUCGCAGUUGAAGCCGGCCAAACUCUCUUGCCUGUUAUAAUCACAGAGCUCGGGCUUCUAAACCCAACCCGGCUUUAGAUUUGUCUGCGAUCAGGGGUUCCCUCUCUCCCCCCCCCUCGAUUAGGAGUUCAACCAGUUUGAGCGACAGGAAGGGGUUGCUGUGUGUGCGUGUGCCUUGUCUCUUUAAAAAAAGCGCCUUCUCCCCUUGCCACCUCCAGCUGUACAUAUAAUUGCUUUUUUAAUAUAUUUUUUGAAAAGCUGGUCAAAAUACCCAUCCCGAUCCCCGGCUGCCCUCUGGUACCCUGUGCUCCGCUGUUAAGGGAUGGUUUGUCCUGCUCAUUCUGUCCCCGCAACGCCCGUAUCUUCCUCCUGAGCAAGUAGCCUGAGCAUGGCAAACGAGACACACUUCUUCAUAAAAGAUAUAAAGGCCGGACUGAAAAAUGUAAAUGUCGUCUUUAUUGUACUGGAGAUAGGACGUGUUACCAAAACCAAAGACGGACACGAAGUCAGGGCGUGCAAAGUAGCUGACAAGACAGGAAGCAUCACCAUCUCUGUGUGGGAUGAGCUUGGCAGCCUCAUCCAGCCAGGUAUGCCUCUUGUGGAAAGGAUGCCUUACGCUUAUACUGGAAGGGGAGGUGACCCUGCAAAAAAUUGGGGAGCCAGGUACGGUAGAGGCAGCCGCAAUGCGAGCUUCCACAUCCUACUCUGGUAUUGCGCUCCAAUCUGUCCUGGAGGAGCCAGCCUCUCUAGGGGUGUAAAGGUUCUGCAUGGUGUAUUCAGAAGUGCCCAAUUCAGUGAACCCAGUUCAGAUCACUCAGGGCAGCCGAAUAAAGUGGCACAGGGUGAGCAGGCUAAUUCUGGUACUUGUACUUUUGGGCCAACUGGAAAUGGUUUGCCAACUGGACCAGAGUUGAGUGGAUUGUUCCACUGCUUCUAAUCAUGCCCCCCACUAUUCAGGUUCUGGGAGGUCUGGCGGACGGGCCCCCACUCCUCUCGCGCCUCUACUGUCUAACAAUGCUCGUCCCUUUCAAAG